GUGCCGGGGGCCCCCCUCUCCUCCGCGGCUGUAGCCCGGGGCCGUCUGCGGACUCCGGGCAGCCCCGGGGCGGCGGCCGAGCGGACGGCGGGGGCAUGGCGAGAUAGCGGCGCGGGAGCGGCCCGACUGACUGCAUCGCACCACCAUGGACGUUCACUUGGAGCUGAGACGGCCGUCCCGGGGGCUGCACAGUAAAAGAAUGAGGACGACCUCAGGUUUCCGGUGGCUCCUAGCAACACUCCCUCUCCUCUGUCUGAUGAGUCCAGUAAGCGGCCAGAAGAGGGGGGCUCCUCGGGAGCUGAGGUGUGUGACUGCCAAUUUUCAAGUGUGGGACUGUUCGUGGAAAGGCCACGGAACCUUGUACAAAGUCUGCAUUGAAGACAGGUCCCAUUCUUGUUAUCACUUAGAGAAAGCAAAUAUUACGAUUCCAGCUCUUCCACCUGGUGAUCACGUCAUAACAAUCACUUCUCUCCAUGAAUUUGGAAGUUCUAGAAGCAAAUUCAUACUAAGUGAAAGAAAUGUUUCCUUAAUUCCAGAGACUCCAGAGAUCUUGAGUUUGUCUGCUGAUUACUCAACCUCCACGCUGUCGAUACGGUGGAACGAUAGGGGCUCUGCUGUCCCCCGCCACUCACACGUCAUCUGGGAAAUCAAAGUUCUACGCAAAGAGAGUAUGGAGCUCGUAAAAUUAGCAACCCAUAGCACAACCCUUAGUGGUAGAGAUACAUUUCAUCACUGGAACUGGACCUCAGACAUGCCCUUGGAGUGCGUCACUCACCACGUGAGGCUCAGAAGCUACAUUGAUGAUCCUCAUUUCUCUGGUCACAAAGAGUGGAGUGACUGGAGCCCACUGAAGAACGUCUCUGAGAUUGCUGAUUCUCCUACUAAGGUUUUCCCUCAAGACAGAGUGGUACUUGUAGGCUCAGAUAUAACAUUUUGUUGUGUAAGUAAAGAAAAAGUGUUAUCAGCGCAGAUUGGCCAAACAGUUUGUCCCCUGAUCCGUCUUGAUGGGGAAAAUGUCGCUAUCAAGAUCCAGAAUAUUUCUGCUUCUGCAAACAGCGGGACAAAUGUGGUUUUCACAACAGAAGAUAAUAUAUUUGGAACAGUUAUUUUUGCAGGAUAUCCACCUGAUGUUCCUCAAAAAUUGAAUUGUGAGACACAUGACUUAAGGGAGAUCAUAUGUAGUUGGAAUCCAGGAAGACCAACGUCAUUGGUGGGCCCACGCAAUACAAGUUACACCUUAUUGGAAAGUUUUUCAGGAAAAUAUGUUAGAUUUAAAAGAGUUGAGGCUUCUACAAAUGAAAGCUAUCAGUUAUUCUUUCAAAUGCUUCCAAGUCAAGAAGUAUAUAACUUUACACUGAUUGCCCACAAUCCUCUGGGGUGGGCAGAAACGACACUGUUAGUUAACAUAACUGAAAGAGUUUAUCCCCAUACUCCUACUUCAUUCAAAGUGAAGGAUGUUAACUCCACAGCCGUUACACUUGCAUGGCGUUUGCCAGGCAACUUUGCAAAGAUUAGUCUGUUAUGUCAAAUCAGAAUUAAUAAACCGAAUUCAGUACAAGAAUUGCGGAAUGUCACCAUCAAAGGAGUAGAAAGUUCAAGUUACCUCGUUCUUGUGGACAAGUUAAAUCCAUACACAAUAUACACUUUUUGGAUUCGUUGUUCUACUGAAACCUUCUGGAAAUGGAGCAAAUGGAGCAGUGAGAAGCAGCAUUUAACCACCGAAGCCAUUCCUUCAAAGGGACCAGACACCUGGAGAGAGUGGAGUUCUGACGGGAAGAAUUUAAUCAUCUAUUGGAAGCCUUUGCCCAUUAGUGAAGCUAAUGGAAAAAUACUUUCCUACAAUGUGUCCUGCUCAUCAGAGGAGGGGACGCAGUCCCUCUCCGAGAUCCCGGACCCUCAGCACAAAGCAGAAAUGCAGCUCGAUGGACACGGCUACAUCAUCAGCGUGGUGGCGAGGAAUUCUGUGGGCUCGUCCCCACCGUCAAGAAUAGCCAGCAUGGAAAUCCCGCACGAUGAUCUCCAGGUAGAGCAGGCCGUUGGGAUGGGAAGGCAGAUUCUCCUCACCUGGCGCCUUGACCCCAACAUGACUUGCGACUACGUGAUAAAGUGGUGCAACGCCUCCCGCUCUGAGCCCUGCCUCAUGGACUGGAAGAAAGUGCCUUCCACCAGCAACGCAACAGUGAUCGAAUCUGAUCAAUUUCGGCCAGGUGUAAGAUACAAUUUUUUCCUGUAUGGGUGCAAAAACCAAGGAUAUCAGUUAUUACGUUCCAUAAUUGGAUAUGUAGAAGAAUUAGCCCCGACCGUCGCUCCGAACUUCACCGUGGAGGAGACGUCCGCGGACUCCAUACUCGUGAAGUGGGACGAUAUUCCCGUGGAAGAACUCAGAGGCUUCCUCAGGGGAUACUUGUUUUACUUUGAAAAAGGAGAGAGAGACACAUCCAAGAUGAGGGGAUUGGAAUCAGGUCGUUCCGACUUAAAGGUUAAGAAUAUUACAGACCUAUCCCAGAAGACACUAAGAAUUGCUGAUCUUCAGGGAAAAACCAGUUACCACCUGGUCUUGCGCGCCUACACAGAUGGUGGGAUGGGCCCGGAGAAGAGCAUGUACGUGGUGACCAAGGAGAACUCUGUAGGGCUGAUUAUCGCCAUCCUCAUCCCGGUGGCCGUGGCUGUGGCCGUGGGCGUGGUGACAAGCAUACUUUGCUAUCGGAAGCGAGAAUGGAUUAAAGAAACCUUCUACCCUGAUAUUCCAAAUCCAGAAAAUUGUAAAGCAUUACAGUUUCAAAAGAGUGUCUGUGAGGGAAGCAGUGCUCUAAAAACAUUGGAAAUGAAUCCUUGCACCCCAAAUAAUGUCGAGGUUCUGGAAACUCGCUCAGCAAUUCCUAAAAUAGAAGAUACAGAAAUCAUUUCCCCAGUGGCAGAGCGCGCCGCAGAGAGCUCCGACGCAGACCCGGAGAACCACGUGGUGGUGUCCUACUGCCCGCCCAUCAUCGAGGAGGAAAUCCCGAACCCAGCGGCCGAGGAGGCCGGAGGGCCGGCGCAGGUCAUCUACAUCGACGUGCAGUCCAUGUAUCAGCCUCAGGCAAAGCCCGAGGAGGGACCGGACCUGGACCCGGUGCCGGCCGCGGGCUACAAGCCGCAGAUGCGCCUCCCUGUGACCUGUGCUGUGGGCGCCGCGGCGGCAGAGGACGACCUGGGCAAGACUGCGGGUUACAGACCGCAGGCGGAUGUCAACACCUGGAACCUGGUUUCUCCAGACUCGCCGAGGUCCACAGACAGCACCAGCGAGCUCGAGCCGGAGCCGCUGGUGAGCGAGCCAGAGCAGCCGCCGUGCUCCGCCUUCCAGAAGCGUCCCGCGGCCGACUCCGUCCGGCGCAUCCACGCAAGACGAAUCCCCCAGCAACUGUUCUCGGUGGCGCUGUGAAUGGUUUUCUCAUCCGUGCACUCUGUGGCACCGCCAGUGAAUUUGCAGGCGAGGGAGGAAGCUGUCAGAGUGGCCUGGCACCUCCUCCGUUCUUGAUGGAAACCAAGCACAGAUUUUAAAACGUGUAAGAUGAUUCUCCUCUAUCCACAGCAUUUACAAAACUUAAUAUAAUUUUUAACAUAGCGAGAGCUCUUUAGCAUUUUGUUUGUGUAUGCUGAUUUCUGUGCCUACUGUAUAAUGGUGAUCAAACAGUUGUCUCAGGGGUACAAACUCGGAAAACGAGCGUGACACUGACCAGCCCAAAUUGGAAUCCUGUUUUCUUGCCGUGUUAAGCUGUUCCAAACCUUUCUGUUUAGAUUUCCUGCUAGCAUCGGUUAGGGGACUUGAUAGCCCUCACAUCUGAAGUUUAAAUUUCUAGGUCUGCAUCCCCAGGUUUUUAAAAGCCCGUCAUAUUUUUGUGCGAGUUAGCAGCCUGUGAGACCAGUGAUUCCUGCUGGGAGAUGACUGUUAAGCAAUGGACAGCGCCAUCAGCGGCCCAUGUCACCCUUCUGUUCAGUUGGCUUCAGUUCCUCCCGAGAAGACCGUGCCCUUGAGCCUGGUCACCCAGGCUGCGAUGUGCUCUGCCACCUCCCAGCAGGUGCUCCUCCCUGGGGUGCUGCUUUGCACCCCCUGCCCCUUGAAUGAUUAUUGGUUAAAACCAUCUGAUUCACUCAGAUUUUUAAGUGUAACGUGAGAGAAGGCUUCUUCCAGAAACACUUACUCAAGGGCUAUUUCCUAUGACAAGUUAUAAAACCCAUUUGAACCAAGGCUUGUGCCCACGUUAACAGGUACAGUAGGUGCCUGCUGACCUGGGCUGAGCCCCUCCUGUCCCCUCCCCCCUUACCUGGAGUGAAUGUGGUUUGAGAAAAGCAGAAUGAAAAGCUCCCAAGUCUGUCUUGUAUUUUCCCUGGCCUCAGGCUGUCUGUGUGGUUUAUCCUUUGCUAGUUAAGGUGAAAGUACUUGAAAUGUUUGAAAUAAUCUGAAUGAAGGUAUACUUUUUCAAUUCUGAGGUUGUGCCGUGUACCUGCAGAAAGUAUUUUCUAGUUCAUAUUGUCAUUUUAAAACCAUGUUGUAGAGAAACAUCGCAGGGCGACAAGGGAUAAAAAUCUUUUUAGGUACUCACUGUAGGAACCUCAUUUCUCACCGCUAGGAUUCAACUAAAUUUUCCAGCUUCAUGCUACACGGAUAUGUGCAAUGAAAUGGAAUUAAUGCACACAUAUAAUCCAUGAAAACUCUAUAAUCACUCACAGAAACUUACACUAAUGAACAACUCACCAGAGCAGAGCCGUCCACAAAGCGCGAGCAUCCGCCCUGGAGCCUCAGAGCCGCGGCUGCCUGCUCUCCCUGCGUGGCUCGUCACUGCCCUACGCUACCCUCCCUGAAGCCCUGUUCCCUGCUGGAACUCAGAGGUCAUGCACGGCAUCGCUGUAGGACAAGGACCUCUGAUCUGAACGACACACAGGAGAGGGGCAGCACAAAGUGCCCGGUCCCUGUCACCAGUCCCCGUGCGGUUCACGUGUAACCUGUGGAGCCAGGACCUGUGUGGGGCUGACAGUGCUUGACCUCACUCCGGGUCUUCAGUUCGUUUCCUGUAGACAGCCCAGAGUACACUCUCGCUCCCCAACAGGGGUCACUGGGUUACUGAGCUGCAGCGUAGCCCUGUGUAACCUGGGAAAACUCCUUCGAGCUUGUUUUAUGCUUUGAAGAGUGGGGCUUAGAAAUACAGCCAAAACAGAGUCCCUUGUCUUUCCCCUGGGAUGGACAGCAGCCAGUGCCCUGUGCGGACCAAGAUUUUACCUCAACCCCACCGGUGGUUGUUGGGGGAGCCUCAGUGGAGGUGGGAGGGAAGAUCCUUUGUCACGUAUCUGGUUGUUUGAGACACUGGGGAAUGUGCACCAGUUGUCAGUGCGGGGCCCAGGCCCUUGUGUGCGAGGCCAUCAAAUGGUUAAGCUCUGUGCAGUCAGUGGCUGCUGCUCCCUUGGGAAGGGCAAGAAAGGACCCCAGAGGCGACGCUUAAUGCACCCCUCCAAAUGGGGCUGUCCUACCUAUCACCCACAUCAGAUGUUUUCUUUAUAUUAAAUUUUUUUUAAAAAGAAGUCGUUUCCCUGCAGCCCUUCCUGCCUGGGAAAGCACUAGGGAAAUCCCCCUCUCUACUAAGCCAUUGGCUGGAACAUUCUGAAUGUCUAAACCAGAAUCUCGUCCCAUUAGUCUAGUAGUGCAUACAGCACACAGCGUCCCCGCUCUUAGAAACUAUUGCACUUACAAGCCAGUUCCACACCACCAUUCCCCUUUGAAAGAAAAAAUAUUUAGCAUCAGAAUAUUCUUGAAGACUUAGCUCUGGCGGAAGACCGUGUGAGUUACGUUCUGUAGCGAUGAGUGUACAUGCGCAAUGCGAGCCCUCGGUACGUUGAACCUGCAGGGCCCUGGCAGUGAGUGUGGCCCCAGCCUCUCCACAGUUGUGUCUCUGUGCUCGUGUGACAGAGUUGCUUUGUAACAGCGGCCAGAAACAGAAGCAGCCAUUCACUGGGGGCUGUGAGGGGGAAGCGGCGCGUCCUGUCCCACACCAGCAUCGCUCUGACCACUCAUGGAGCUGAAGAACACGGAGCACGUAGACCACCCCGUACUACUGCACACUCAGACACUCUGGGUAAAAAUCAUUCUCAGAACUCCACGCCACUUGUGUUCUGCUGGGAAUUAGUUCCGCAGUCUCCUGGCUGUCUUCACACUGUACCUAUUUAAAUAACAUCGCAGUGUUCUCUGUAGUUGGAUCGUUAACGUGGGCUCAUUAAAUGCGGUGUAGUGAAGGAGCCUGGAGUGUGCGCUCUUGCAGAGGCAAUCUGAAAUCAGUGUUGACGGUGUCCUGAAGUUCAAGGACUCCCAAACACGUCAGGACCCAAAAGAUGUCCUGAAGUUUUCUACUGCUCAGGCACAUAAUCUGAUAAAACUGUUCCGUCCUUUGUUUGCUCUAAGGUAGCGUUUGCCGUUUCAAAUUUGUACCCCUUUUGUAAAAUGCCCUUUGUCUUAUUUUGAAAGUGUCAAAUUGGCCAUGUCAGGAAAAGGUGAGGUCCGCAGUGCAAGUUGAGUGAGUGUUGAGCGACUUCGUAAGGGCUGAGACCCACCCGGAGCAUGGCAGACUCAACAGAACUUUUCUGAGGGGUGGGUGGGACGUACCGACAUCUGAGCAUGUGGGCGCAAAGAUGGAAAUCGCCUACAGGAAUGGCUCCAUGGUUUGAAAAAUUGGAAAAAGCUGUCUUCUCUGUAAUUUUAAGUGUUCAUGGUUUAUUUUUAUCUGAUGGGUGCAUGAUUUGGGACAUGUUUGUACCAACCAGUGCAUGUUCUGACAAACAGCACUGUGCAUUGGUACAUGCGUAUGUAACUGACAAAUGUAGGGACCCAUCUCCUUGAUAAAAUACUCCUUCAAAGCCUUUUACAGUGGUAUAUUCUGCAGAAACAAAGUUUCAUGGUGUUAGGCCCAUCUUUUAUAUCCAGAGAAUUUUUACAGAAGGACAUGAUUUGUGGCCACACUUAGGACAUUUAUCUCUUAGACACAGCCUUAGAGUAUCAUUGGAAAUGACUUGGCUUGCAUUUGGUUUAUUUAUAUCUUCAUGAAUUAUGUGCCAGAGCAAUUAAUAAUACUUACACCUCAUAUCACCAGGAGGGCUAGAUUUUUAUUUCUUUCAAUGAGUACUUUGGUCUGAAGUAUUACAUGAUGAUCAUAUUCAUACUGAUUACAAUACAGCUGAACAAUUUGUAAGGCUGGUUACGGAGAGCUAAGAACAAUAUUCAGUUAGUCGACUGAUAUGUUAGGCUUUAUUGUGUAGAGCAAAAUUUCAGGGAUAUGAUUUAGUCCAGAUCCUUACAGUAUCGCAUUGUGAGAGGGUUCCAUUCUUUCUAACCAUGAAUAGUGCCCGUUUUUCCUCGAUAUAAGAAAUGCUGAUAUUUUGGAUUGAAAGCGUCCAAGUUUUAAGUAGGAUUUUACCUGUGUAAGACAAAUCCUAACUGAAGCAGUUUUACAAAAUGAGAAGCGGUGUUUUAAGCGAGAAAUCCUCUGCGUGUUUUUCUGAGUAAGGACUGGAGGACCGCAGAAGCAGCAAGUUCAAGUAUUUACAUCUGUAACCGACAGCUGAUAGAGCAGUUAGUGAAUAUAGGACUUUCUGGUUGCUAGAACCGAAUCCACUACAGACUAAAAGAUGUGAAUGAGCAAACCAUGAAUUCUAACUGAGCAAAUGGACCUUUAAUGUAUUUACAUGUGUCUGAGACUGCCUUUGCGGUAAGCAACCAGAACUUCAAGACCAAACAAAACUCAGACUUUGGGCUGCACAGAAGCCAGGCAUACUUGGUACACCUCACUGAAUGGCUCACUCCAGUUUUCGUUAAAUUUCCCUGUGCCUUUCAAAUGUACUUCCCCUUAGAAUUAUUCUAUUUGAGAUGAGUAACUUUCAACUGAUGGAUGUAGUAUUUUUCCUAAGCAUUCCAGAGCUGUAUUACAAGAGAUGGGAAGAUUCCUAGGUGGUCAUACAAUUUUCAUUAGAACACGGGCAACUGUUAUCAGUACUAUUGUUAGUUGAUCACAGUAGAUUGAAAAAUGGCCUUCACAAAAAAUUGUUUUCCAGACAUUUCUCCCCCAGUUUGAGUCCAGAUGUUCCUCCAAUUUUUUAUGUAAUAAGCUAAUGAUUCCUUCCAUGUAAUUUUUCUUCUUCCAAUGUGGUAUUUAGGAGGAAUAUUAGUAGAGUUGUGAAUAGUUGACACAAGAAACCUGAGUAUUAAGGGGUGCCCUGGGAUUUGUUUCAUCAUAUUUCUCAAAAAGGAAAAUGGCUUUUUCUUCAAUACACUUCAGUUCAGAAUUACUUGAAAAAUACUGGCCUGGAUAAGAAAGUAGGUAUCCUGAAUUCGACUGAGGAGACACCACCUUGAACGUGGUCAACGAAAUAAUGAGCUUUCCCAGGACUGAUGGCUUUGCCUUUUCUUCUCUUUCAUUCUCUGGCCCUAAGUCCCUGUAACACUAGGAAAUAAUUUGUGUUUUACUUUCAAAACUGCAUUAUAGUGAAUUACUGUUUACAAAAUACACAUACUGUGAACAGAUACAAGUUUUUGUCUUUUAUAAGGUUGUUUGUAGAAUGAGUGUUUUAAGAAGAUGUUAUGUUAAUAUUUUCAGUUUUUUAAUAAAUACUAGUAACUGUUUACUAAUUUUUGUUUGGUCAGGUGUGUGUAAAUGUAGCUGAAAGAUGAUAGGGAGAAACUGCCCGUCCAGAACCCUUCCCUUUUCAUUUCUAGAAAUGUUACCACUACAGGCUUUUUUAAAAACAUGAUUGAUCAGUUGUGAUGUGCUGUACCUAAAAUCAUGUCUCAUCAUAAAGAAACACUGAAAUAUACAGGAAGUAAAAUAUAGAUCAAAGUGGAUCUCAGAUUCACAGAAUUUUCAGUUUAAUACGGGAUAAUACAACUCCACGUACAGAGGCGACAACUGAAGUGUUUCCUGCCUUGUGAAAAUUUUAAAUAUUACGUUGCUUCAGAAUGGGCAAUUCGGACAUUUCAUAUCACCAUCUAAUUUCAGAAUUUAGGUUCUGUAUCUUCCGAAAACAUGAUUAUAGCAAGAACAUAGAAUAUAAGUAACCUAUUACUAAGAUACCAUAAAUAUAAGUCUAGUAUGCUUGACUGUUAACUAAAGAUGUUACUUAUGUCUGUUUUUAAAAUGUGCAUGUAUUUAACAAUUUUAUCAUAGUAUUGUCAUGGAAAAAAUAAAUAUAUUUUCUUACAUCUUA